CAAAAUUCACCAUUCUAAUCAACAAAUAACUCAAGUAUUUGAAUAAUGUGUUUUUCUUCGAAUUAAAAUGAUGGACACAAAACUACUUAGCCGCAAGGAUGUUUUGUUUGUCAGUUAAAGCCCUUUAACGAUAUAUCUGAUGGGUGUGUGGUAUAGCCAAAACCAAAGCAAACCAACCCAAAAUUAACUGUUUAUCUUGGGUUCCGUUGCAUGCCAAAAAACAUGAUAGAAGAGUGCAAAUGAUUUGCUGGAGGAACCGCUGGACAGCGCACUGGCGGUGCAGCUAGAUCAAAAGAUGGAGAACGAGCAGCAUGAGCAAAGCUCGUCGCACGAACGCUUUGAGUUUAGCCCUCAAGCCACCGAGCUAGUUAACGUGGCCAACCAGGACUGUGAUUCACUAGCAAAGCUGGCCUACAAUCUGUACAAGCUGUCCAAAGACGACCACAUAGUUAUUGAUCGCAAGCGGAACGAAGUGAUACGCACAGAUUCCGUGACCCAUCAGAUGACCAUCUACCGCUGCCUCGAUCCCAUCGGCAUGGGAAUGCGCCCAGCGGAGAUUAAACACACUCCUCUCAAAGUUGGUCGCCCCCCGAAACGCAUAUCUACACAAACUACCUCAGCCGCUGCUGUGCCUCUCGGAAAGCCGUCACCUCUGCCACAGGCGGCAGUGCCGGCUGAGGGCACACAUCGUACUCGCUCCGGUCGCCUGGUGCGUCCUUCGAUGCCGCAAGCAGCGCCAGUUCCAACUGGCAUAGCCUCGGAGCCGACAUCCGCCCAGCUUCUGGAGGCGCUGGUGGCUGAACUACGAGACAAGGACUAUCACGCUCCGAUGCCAGCGCCAAAGACCUCGCCCGUUGAGGUUGGCGUAUCGCAACGAUCUGUUCCCAAGAACGCAGUUUGCCCGGGCUGCAACAAAAUCUUCCUUGGCCGCCGCAUGCAGCGUCAUUUUGUCAAGUUUCCCGAGCACAUGCCACGCCCAUCAGAGCCCUCGCAGCCCCCGCAGCAGAUUCAGCCAACUCAAGCUACGUCCCAGCCCCUUCAACCGUCAUUGUUCGGACUUCUAACCACCCAGCUUCAGCGUCACUCUCACCUUAGCGAGGAGCAGCGAGCCGAUCUCUUCUUGCACGAGUUGAAUGACUUUGUGGUUCAGCUGCAGCUGCGGAGCACACGACUCAUACGCAAUACUUCCGGCCUGCAUUUUGUAAAUGCGCGUAUUGCCCGCGUCCUGGGAAUACCCGAGGGCCAGUAUGCCUUGGACAUGUCGGCGAUGGAGUCGGCACAGGCACCCACACCGGAGCCAGAGCAACUGUUGCACGCAGGGCCAGCUGUUGGCGGAGGGCGUAAUCUGGUCGACUACACCGGGCUUAGCAUGUCACUGGACGAUACGCUCACCGAUGAGGCGGCCCAGCGCUUGAAUCUGUCAGCGGGCGGAAAACUCUUGCCACCGUCCGAGGAGAGCCUGCUGAGAAACGUGAGCGACCUGAUGCAGCCCCCAGUGGCGGGGGCACCGCCCACCUUAGGCCAUGGGUAUGAUCAUGCAAGCGACAACGCCGUGGAGGCGCUAAGCAUGAAGGAGACGCCCAAUGCGGCAGACAUUCUAGAUCUCAAAGUUGACUUUUUCCAAUUUAAUCCGAAUUAGCUAGCUCUUUUGGCUAUAGUUUCGACGCAUUUGAUAUUUUUUAAGAUAAAUGCCAGAGUUUGUAGCACUUCUUUUAUCUGUCCAACGA